GGCGGUCGCAGGCGUCCCGGGCGGCAUGCACGGCUGCGCGGACGACUCGGACGAAAAACCCGUCUCGCCUUUGUGUUGACCAUCAUAUACGGCGAGAUUAGCUGAGAUUGCCACAUCUCGCGCGUGAAACUUGGUAGUGAUCGCUGCCUCAUCCCGAGCGCGUCCACCCCGGAAACCGGACCUCGCUGCACCGCAGCGCUCGUGGAAAGCAGCAACUCCAGCAACUCCAGGCAGUAGCGAUGUUGCUCCGCGCGACCCAGCGCGCCCUGCGCCGCGGCGCGCGGCAAAAGUCGACGGUCGUCAUGAUGCGCCACGGCGAGUCGACCUGGAACCUCGAGAACAAGUUUACUGGUGCGGAUCGCGGCGCGGAACGUAAGCGGCCUUCUUCUUCGUCCUAGACGAGAGGCCUCCACGCCGAUCGGACGCCGUCGAGCAGCCGCGAGAGCAAGCGGGCCCGCCUCCCACGCCGUCGAAAGCAGUCUUCGCGCGCAGGCUGGUACGACUGUCCGCUGUCCGAGAAGGGCCACGAGGAGGCCACGGAAGCUGGCAGGUUGGUCGCCGCCGAAGGGUUCAAAUUUGAUGUAGCGUUCACGUCUACGUUCAAGCGAGCCAUCCGCACCUUGGACCACGCCCUGGAAGAGACGGACCACAUGUGGAUUCCCGUGACGAAGGCGUGGCAGCUCAACGAACGCCACUACGGGGGCCUCCAGGGUCUGGACAAGCAGCAGACCGUCGACAAGCACGGCAUCGAGCAGGUGACGGUCUGGCGACGUUCGUAUGAUAUUCCUCCUCCGGAUUCGGACAAGUCCUCGGAGCACUGGCCCGGGAAUGAUCCCAAGUACGCCAAGUUAGAUAAACAUGUCAUGCCCACGACCGAAUCGUUAGCUACUACUGCCGCGAGAGUGGUCCCGUACUGGCAGCAUGUCAUCGUUCCUGAAUUAAUUGCGGGCAAGGACGUGUUGAUCGCGGCCCACGGGAAUUCCCUGAGGGCGCUCGUGCAGUACCUCGACGGCAUUCCGAACGACGAGAUCACGGAGCUGAACAUUCCGACGGCGACGCCUCUCGUGUAUGAGUUCGACGACGCCCAAGAGCCGAUCCCGCAGCCGGACGCGAUCGCUCCCUUGCAGGGGCGCUACCUCGGCGACCAGGCCGCUAUUAGAGCGCGCAUCGAGGGCGUCAAGGCGCAGACCAAGUGAGUCGUCCUCCCGUCGCGCCACGGUGUUUACUAGUAGGAGGUGCAUACUAAAUCGAAGGUCUAACUAGUGGCGUCGCGGACGGGAGUUAAGCUGUGAACAAUUAUAUACAAGAGCUAUGUGCAAGA